AUGACAGCACGCUAUGCAGACGUUCACAAGAAUCCCCAAGGCCCAGGGGACGCUCGCCCAACAGCCAUGCAGAUCAUCCACGACGAGGGCCUAGAGGGCCAACUAACCGGCUCCUCGAUCCUGAUCACCGGCGCAUCCUCAGGCAUCGGCGUCGAGACGGCCAAAACACUCUUCACCACCGGCGCAACCCUCUACCUGACAGCCCGGAACCUGAACAAAGCCAAACAAGCCCUCGGCGACCUGGUAUCCUCUCCUCGCGUCCACCUGCUCGAACUAGACCUCGAAUCCCUCGCCAGCGUGCGCGCCUGCGCCGCCGAGGUCCUCUCCAAAACCAAGACCCUCAAUAUCCUCAUCGCCAACGCCGGCGUCAUGGCCACCCCAGAAGGACGCACCAAGAACGGCUUCGAGACCCAGCUCGGAACCAACUACCUAUCUCACUUCCUGCUCUUCCUCCUUUUGCGCCCGGCGCUGCUGGCCGCCGCGACCCCACAGGCGAAUUCCCGCGUGAUUCUCCUCUCGUCCAUCGCGCACCGGUACUCCGAGGUGGAGUUUGACAACCUCAACCUCGACGGUGAGUACGACAGGUGGAAGGCGUACGGGCAGAGCAAGUGCGCGCUGGUGUGGGCAGCGAAUGAGAUCGACCGGCGCUAUGCCUCGCAUGGUCUGCGCGCCUUUAGUGUCCAGCCCGGUGGCAUUAUGACCGGACUGGCGCAGCACUUGUCCGAGGAAGAGCAGAGCGGAUUCACUGAGGAUCCAACUCUGGGGCCGCGGCUUAAGAGCCCGGAGCAGGGUGCUGCGACUUCGGUGUGGGGGGCUGUCGCCAGAGCCCUUGAGGGGAUGGGUGGGAAGUAUCUUGAGGAUGUGCAGAUUGCUGAGGCGCAUGACGCGAGCGGAGGUCCGUGGGCGCCGGGUUAUGCAUCGUACGCGUAUAGCCCGGAGAAGGAGAGGAGGCUGUGGGAUGUAUCGCUGAAGUUAGUGGGUGUUGACGAGUGA